AUGGACGACGCCUCGUCGGGCGACUCUUUUACCCUGCUGAAGCAGCAGCUCGAGCUCGACUUCAGCUUUGCACCGCGCCGGGUCAAGGGCCUGACCACGCUCGACAUCCAGCCCGACCAGGCCCAGCUGCGAGACAUCACCCUCAAUUGCCGCCAACUCCGUCCCACGAGCAUCCGUAUCCAAGGCGAGAAGGCCGCCUUUAGCUACUCGAAUCUGCACCAGCGCCUAACCCUCUACCCCGGCACCGGCCUCGAGCAGUAUCACUUCCUCAAGCAGCGCAUAGCGCGACACACCUCCGGCGCCGAGGACGAGCUGGUCAUUACAGUGCCUGACAGGGUCAGGAUUCGGGAAGUGAAGCCCUCGGAGGCUGGCAUGACGGAUGACGCACCAGGCACCUUUUACGCGCCGCUGAAGCUCGAGAUCGAAUAUGAACUAGAAGAUUUCCGGGACGCGCUUCACUUUGUCGGUGUCGAAGAUGGAGACGCUCGCUUCCCGCAUGCAUAUACGCGCAACUCAUCUUUCCCCGGUACCGCAUCUUGCCUGUUUCCCUGUAUAGACGACGGUGAGACGAGGUGUAUCUUCGAAGUCUCCAUUCGCUACCCGCGCACGCUGGGCGAUGCUCUCAGCAAACCCUCGCCACCGAAUGCGAACCCUAAUGGAUCACCAGCCGAUGGAGUCGAUAAAGCCGACAGUGUCAUGUUGGAUGUGGAUGAUGAGCAAACUGAUCUAUCCGAGGAAGAGAAGGCCAUGGAAAUGCAAGUCAUUUGUUCCGGCACGUUGACCGAUGACAUUCUCGAUCCUGCCGACCCAGCCCGAAAGACUGCAAGCUUCUCAUGCGACACUCCCGUCCUCCCCCAGCACAUUGGCUUUGUCAUCGGACCUUUCGAACAUGUCGACCUCUCCGAAUACCGUGAUACCCUGGAUGACGAGCGCUUGGGCGAAAAUGCUAUCAAAGUCCACGCAUUCUGCUUGCCCGGUAAGGAGAACGAGGUCCGGAACAGCGCCAUGAUGCUCGCUCGAGCUCUCGAUACCUUCACGGAGCGAUUUCAAAGUUAUGCUUUUGGGAAUUCCUACAAACUCGCAUUUGUAGACGAUCUGGAUUGCGAUACUGCGCACACAGCCUCGUUUUCAAUCUGCAGCUCGCGCCUGCUCUUCCCGGAAACCGUUUGGGAGCCACUCGAGCACACGACCAGGGUAUUGGUACACGCAGUAGCUAGCCAGUGGAUAGGCGUGGAUGUUAUCGCACACAAUCUAGAAGACUACUGGAUCAUCGUUGGUGGCUCGUGGUUCAUGGCCGAACUGUACCUCAAAGAACUCUUUGGUCGGAAUGACUGGCGCUUCAGGCAAAAAUUGAUGGUAGAUAAGGUCAUCUACAUGGACCGCAAGCGCCCGUCGCUUCAGCAACUUGCAGAGCACAUGCAGUUGGAUCCUCGUGAGGCCGAAUUUAUGGAACUCAAGUCGCUUAUGGUCCUCUCUAUUCUGCAUAACCGCCUGGUAAAACAGAGCGGCAAGAACGGUGUUGACAGGUGCUUGUACCGGAUGCUGUUUAAUGCUCGGCAAGGAAAGUACCCCAACGGCGCCGUCACCACUGAUGACUUUCUUGAUAUUUGCGAGAAAGUAGGCCACCAGAAGCUCGAAUCUUUCUUUCAGCAGUGGAUUGUAGGCGCAGGGUGCCCCACAUUUCACUGUGUUCCUUCGUUCAAUAAGAAGAAGCAAGUGGUUCAGCUUACCAUCAAACAGCUCCAAGCCGACUCAUCCAUUACAACAAUUGAGAACGGUCUUGCGGCAGAUGACUUCAUGCGCGAAGCGAAACAGAAAUCUCGCGACUUGCGGUCAGCAACAGGAUAUCCCACUUUCGUAGGCCCCAUGACUAUCAGGAUCCACGAAGCCGAUGGCACCCCCUAUGAGCAUAUUGUCGACAUCAACUCGAAUAAUGUCAAAGUUGAGAUUCCGUACAAUACCAAAUACAAGCGAUUAAAAAGGAAUCGAUUAAACAAGGAGCGUAUGGCCGCUGCCGCUGGUCUCGAUGCUUCCGGCGAAACACAAGAAGACGUCACAUUUUACAUGUUAGGAGACCUGUUUACUUCACCCCAAGAACACGAAGAGUGGCGACUCGACGAUUGGCCACAGAAAGACGAAGCUAAGCAGGAGGGGGAAGCGUACGAGUGGAUCCGCAUCGACGCAGACUUUGAAUGGAUAUGUCGGACCAAUAUUGAAGACAUGCCGUCGUACAUGUACGUCUCGCAGUUGCAGCAGGACAAGGAUGUUGUUGCACAAGCAGAGUCCAUACAGUUUCUUGCCAACAAAGAGGGCCACCCUUUGAUCUCCACUUUCCUGGUUAAGACGUUAAUGGACAAUCGGUAUUUUCACGGUAUACGGACUAUGGCUGCCAUGGUCCUUGCCCAGAGCGCGCUGAAGCGGACUCAGUGGGUUGGACUCUUCCACUUGAAGAAGGCUUUUCGUGAGCUGUUCUGCUUGCCAAACUCGCCAAUGACUCGAUCAAACGACUUUUCUGACCGCAGCAUGUAUCUGAUACAAUGCGCUAUUCCUCGGGCCAUUGCUAAGAUCAAGGGCGAAGACGGCAGAUCACCACUAGAGGCUAAGCGUUUCCUACUGGAUCUUGUGCGAUACAACGACAACCGCGGAAAUGAUUACAGCGACGACCACUACAUUGCCACACUGAUGCGAUGUCUGGCCGAAACCCUGACCAAGACGAAUAUAGGUUCUGAGCUCAGCCACGAAGAAUGGGCGCAGGAACAGGACUUUACCAACAAGGCUAUUGGAGAGCUUACUCGACACCAGAGGCUUGACGAAUGGAUCCCUACAUACCAGAACGUGUACACGACCACUGCGCUCGACUGUGCGUUCAAGCUGGUUACAAGCCGAGUGACUCCCUUCAAACCUACCGAGUUUCUGCAGUAUGCGCAACUAGGGAAUGCAGACAAUGUGCGCUUAAAAGCAUGGGAGUGUCUCAUUCGGCUGGGCAUGUUCCGCAAAGAUUCGGUCAUGAGGUUUCUGGUACAUGAGAUUCGGUCUGAUCCUUCACCAUACUUCAGAAAGCAAAUGCUACGUAUUCUUGGCCUUGCCAUCGGACAGGUGGCUACUGGCGAUGUUUGGGCGCCAGAAAAGGCUGCCGAAACUGCUGCAGACACGCUGGUGGUUGAGAAUGAAGCGAGCAACGCCGAACGCGCCUCCGCCCUUGCUCGUCAGAACCUUAACGGGGCCCUGAGAGGGUUGAAGAGUGACUUGCAAGGAAACAAGACUUUGCGGUCGGUACUCGAAGAGGCACUCAAGUCCACAACUUUAUCUGUCAACGACAUGUCUGAGAUCUUGGACAUAUGCGAUAUGAUCUUUGACAACCAAAAAGUCAACAAGCUGCCAGUCAAAUUGGCCCUUCCACGUUACUGGACUGUAGAGCACCUCGGAAAAGCCGUGCUGCGCUUCAAGCAGACCAAGAAAUAUAGGACAACU